AAGGGGCCACCAAAUGUUUCAGGAAACGAUGUCCGCUCAAACUAGGACAGAUCACACCGGAUUAAGCGUUAAUCUGAGUCCACGGCGCAUGCGCACAAGCGCGCUAUCGGUCGCGCUGGACAAGGUGCGCGUUCAGAGGAGAAAGUGAGGGCUGCGAGUGCGAAUCACGAGAAAACAACUCUGAGGAAACAUCUAGCUGCCGGUGGAGGAUCGUGUUCACUUCAGGCUUGAGCGUUAUGGAAGACGUUUUCUCAGUUUUGCGCGAUCGUUUGCGUGAUCUGCUCUCAAAAGCGGAGAUUAAGUUACUCUUAAUUUGAGACGCAAGAGCGGAUUUGAGAAACCGACGCGUUUACUGUCAAUCUGACCAUUACUAGCGAUUUGCUUCGGUUUAAGGGCCGUUCUCUGGAUUGGGACAGUAGCCAAAAGAGGUGCCCUACAACAAAAAUGGUCCAAAACACCCUCGAGUGCAAUAUACCCCUCCUCACGCAUACUGAUCAGCCUCCAGAUAGAUGCUGUCAAGUGGUUGUGUAAAGGACAGAUCUGUUUGCACGAACCCACUGGAAUGUUAAAUCCACAUUUAUUCCCAUUUGUUGACUUUCUCUCUGAUGUUUACUAAACUAAACAUUUAAUUCUGUUCAACGUAUAUCAAGGGUCCUUACUUAAAGAAAUUAAUAUAUAUAAAUAUGAUAGUAAAACACAUUAAUGGAGUCCUAAGAUUAUAACUGUCCACAUUUGCAUACAGAACCACAAUAUAGAGUAUAAUCUAAUCUCUGUUGUUUCUCCUCAGAUUGAGCCAGAUGCUUCUGAAAACUGAUCUUUCUGAAAACUCAUCAAAAAACCAUCAUCUCUUUUAUAUUCAGACUGUAGGAUCGACAAAGUGAUCCAUGUUUGUUCUGAGCCAGGAUAUGCAAACACAUCAGAACCAGACCCGAAGUCUGUCGGCCUGGUUUGGUGUAAACAGGAUCACUCUGAAGUGGUCUGAAGUUAUAAAUCAUCUCCUAUGACCUAAUGAGCCAUGCUUUUCAGCCUCCUGUGUUCCCAAUAUGGCAAAAUGUGAGCUUAUUGAACUGCAGGACUUGACUCCGGAUGACCGCAUCGAGUUAGCGCCCCCUAGCGGCCCGCAGCCCGGUGCUGGGCCCACUCUAGACAGGUGGAGUAAAGGGAAGGUGGUGCGGAUGGUGGGGGAGCGUGUGCGUCUGGAGGACCCUGACUGGCUGACGUGUAAACCGGGAUGGGGACACGACUUCCAGCCCUGCAGCCAGACGCAGCUGAGCUGGUGCGACCUCUGUGGAGAGUUCAUCUGGGGCCUGUACCGUCAGAGCCUCCGCUGCACACACUGUAAUUACACUUGUCACUACCGCUGUCAACCCUUCAUUCAACUGGACUGCAGCUUGAACUGCGACGCCGUCGGCGAACAGCUAAACUACUGCGAGGACACGAUCGAGACGGACACUAAUGUGGAUGAGCCGGUGGACUGCAGGAACCAGGAGCUGACCCUCAGUGAAAUACAACAGAAAGUCAAAGAAUACAACGCUCAGGUCAACAGUAACCUCUUCAUGGUUCUGAACCGUGAUGGAUCUUACACUGGCUUCAUAAAGGUCCAGUUCAAGCUGGCCCGGCCCGUGUCUCUCCCUCCUCCCCGGAGCACGUCCUCCUCCUCCUCCUCGGGACGGGAUGACAGUUGUCAGGAAGACAAAGCCCUGCAGCAGCGCACCUCAUUCUACCUGCCCAGAGACACAGUCAAACACCUGCACAUCAGCUCCAGCACGCGGAGCAGAGAGGUCAUCGAGGCGCUGCUGAGGAAGUUCACCGUGGUGGACAAUCCAGCCAAGUUCUCACUGUUUGAACGCAGCGAGCGACACAAUCAAGUGUACUUAAGGAAGUUGGCAGACGACGAACGUCCGCUUUUCCUGCGCCUGUGUGCUGGACCCAACGAGAAAGUCCUCAGCUUAGUCCUCAAAGAGAAUGAAACGGGGGAAGUCAAUUGGGACGCAUUCAGUUCUCCUGAACUCCAGAACUUCCUGCGCAUCCUGCAGCGGGAGGAGGAGGAUCACGUGAAGCAGAUCGUGCGGCGCUACGCUCUGGCCAGAGACAAGAUGAAAGAAGCUCUGAAGAACUUCAGCACGCCGGGCUGAAACAAGCUGCUUCUUAUACCUCACAAACAAGAGAAAACAAGAAGACAGCGUACUGUUUGAAUCCAGAGAGUGUGUGGAAGAACCCUUUGUCCUGCUCUGAACGUGAGACGGCUCAGAGGUCAAAGGGAAAUGAAAGCGAGAGAGACAAGAAGUGUGUGUUUAAGCGUGACUGGUGAGCGUGAGAGGAGUGUGACGUUAAACUGAGUGGAAGAAAUGCUGCGGUCGUAGCUGUAGAUCCAGGUGUGGAGUGAAAUCAUUCCAGUGUGGGCCACAGAUGUGGUCGUCUGUGGUGAAUGAAAUGAAUCAAAGCAGAUUAUAGAGUAUUUUUAGCAUCAUUUAUACAUGUAAUAGAGAAUAAAAAAAGAUUUUUGAAUGUCUGUAUUAAAAUAAAACAAUUAAGUGAUACAAUACUUGUCAGAUAUUGAAGCACCCAUAUAUAUGUUGGAUAUUUACUGUAAAUUAAGUGAAAUUAAAUAAAAUAUUUUCCCCUUUGAAA